GACUAGUGAUUUGAAGUGCAGGUGAAUUUGUUGUGAAGUAGAAGAGAGAAAGCGUGGCUUUGCAGACCAAAAUACAAUUCACAACUCACGGUCUCACGCCACGCUUCCUUCCAAACCGACGAAACUUCUUCACGACUUAUCAAAACCCAAAUUCCUCUCUCCUUUCUGUCUGGUUUGUUGAAGCAGCUCCCAAAAGAAUAUGAGUUUUCGGGAUCUGGAGUCUGGUCUGCCUUCGGCGCAGCAACAAAGACAAUCCCUUUACUUGAAGAAUUCGAAUUCGAAUUCCAAGUCGAAUUAUUAUGAGAAGAACAAGGAGGAGGCGGAGCAGGAGCCGUCGCGGGCGGUGGCCGCUGGGAUAUUCCAAUAUCAAACCGCCGUCGCCUCCUUUUACCGCCUCGUCAAUUCCCUCGGCACACCUAAAGACACCCUUCUACUCCGUGAUAACCUGCAUAAGACAAGGACACAUAUUCAGCAGUUGGGGAAAGACAUCCAUGCUAAACUUAGGGAAGCUAGUGACAUUGAUCACAAUGCCCAAGUUAGCGUUGUGAAGAAGAUUGCUGAUGCUAAGCUGACAAAGAAUUUCCAGGCGGCUCUUAAAGAUUUUCAGAAAGCUCAGAGGCUUGCUGCUGAAAGGGAGACCUCAUAUGCUCCUUUUGUUCCCAAACAACAUGUCCCUUCCAGUUAUUCUCCCCAAGAACAAGAGAUGAGUUCAGCCAGGAGUUCCCAGCAGCAAGCACUAGUUCUAGAAGAAAGACAAGAAGUUUUGCUAUCAGAUAAUGAGAUUGCAUUCAAUGAAGCCAUUAUUGAGGAAAGGGAGCAAGGGAUCCAAGAAAUUCAGCAACAGAUCAGUGAGGUUAAUGAGAUUUUCAAAGAUCUAGCUGUCCUAGUUCAAGAUCAAGGAGCUCUAAUUGAUGAUUUUAGUUCCAACAUUGAAAACUCUCAUUCUGCAACUGCACAAGCAGCUUCCCAACUUUUGAAAGCAUCCAAGCUCCAAAAAUCAAAUUCAUCCCUGACCUGUUUGCUGCUGGUGAUAUUCGGAAUAAUCCUCAUGAUUGUCAUUAUAGUUGUUGUUGCUUGAGCAAUGCAUUUCUAUGCUCGGUGAAUAAUCAUACGAGUCCUUGGUGGUGUUUCCUUACAAGAGCUCUUGCUGUACAACAAUUUCAACUUGAUUUUGUGCUUCACCCACAUGGAUGUGUCCUCUUGUGUAAAUACAGAUAGGAUGCUUGUUAUAAUAAUCUUCAGUUUGUAGUUGGGUCUACAACCCGCAAAGAAAAACUACAGCAUACACCAAAUUCAUUACCCAUUUGUAUCAAAGCUUAUGGUAUUUUACAGAUAUUGGGAUAAGAGUGGAACACUGUUGUUGGAUGCUUUGUGUACUUGCUAUUUCAACACCGAACCCAAUUGUUGAAAAAUUAGAUUUCUUGUUAAU